AGCUCUUCACACACUCACACACACACACACACACACUCACACCCACUCCCUCCUCCAGUCCCACUGCCCCCGCCAUGGCCGCGUCCACCCUGUCCGUCUGCUCCAGCGACCUGAGCUAUGGCAGCCGCGUCUGCCUGCCCGGGGCCUCGGACUCCUGCCCCGACUCCUCCUGGCAGGUGGACGACUGCCCAGAGAGCUGCUGCGAGCCCCCGUGCUGCGCCCCCGCCCCCUGCCUGACCCUCCUGUGCGGCCCCUCCUCCCCCUGCCAGGGAGACUGCUGCACCCCUGCGUGCUGCAAGCCCGUCUGCUGCACCCCUGUCUGCUGCAAGCCCGUGUGCUGCACCCCUGUCUGCUGCAAGCUCUUCUCCUGCACCCCUGUGUGCUGCGAGGACUCCCCCUGCACAACCUCUUCAUGCUGCCAGCCGUCCUGCUGCACCUCCUCCCCCUGCCAGGAAGACUGCUGCACCCCUGUCUGCUGCAAGCCCGUCUGCUGCACCCCUGUGUGCUGCGAGGACUCCCCCUGCUCAGCCCCCUCCUGCUGCCAGCCCAGCCCCUGCUGCAGACCCUCCUCCUGCGUGUCCCUGCUCUGCCGCCCCGUGUGCAGGCCCACCUGCUGCACCCCUGCCUCCUCCUGCUGCCGCCCAGCCUCCUGCGUGUCCCUGCUCUGCCGCCCCGUGUGCAGGCCCACCUGCUGCACCCCUGUCUGCUGCAAGCCCGUCUGCUGCACCCCUGUGUGCUGCGAGGACUCCCCCUGCUCAGCCGCCUCCUGCUGCCAGCCCAGCCCCUGCUGCAGACCCUCCUCCAGUGUAUCCCUGCUCUGCCGCCCCGUGUGCCCCCGCCCCGCCUGCUGCGCCCCUGCCUCCUCCUGCUGCCGCCCGGCCUCCUGCGUGUCCCUGCUCUGCUGCCCUGUGUGCCCCCGCCCUGCCUGCGGCCCCGCCUCAGGCCAGUCCUGCUGCUGAUGGGCACGUCCCCCCAGGGCCAGCUGGGCUCAGGUCCCACCUGGUGACUGUGGUCCUCCCAGCCAUCCCUCAGUCAGUCCUGACCUGUGUUAAGUGGCUGCCCCCACCCAGGACGGGGUCCCCCAUGUGUCCACUCUCCUGACCUGACCUUGACCUCCUGCCUCCCAAGAAUGCUGACCCCGUGGCUUCCCGGGGCUUCUGCUCCCAGGAGGCACCUGCACCUGUUCUGGGUCACCUGUCCUUCCCUCCUCCUUUCUCUGCUUGGGUCACUUGGCUUUGACUCCUAACCUGUCAGCACCUCUUCAGGAAGCCCAAUAAACUCACUUCACCGGC